AUGCAGAGAGCAAUGUUCACCGCUACCCGGGCUAAGCCCUUGGCUGCCACUCUGAGGCCCUUCGUCCAGGCCAGAGGAUAUGCUCACAAGGAACUGAAAUUCGGUGUUGAGGGGAGACAAUCGCUCCUGGCUGGUGUUGAUAUGCUUGCAAAGGCUGUUGCGGUUACUUUGGGUCCUAAGGGACGCAAUGUCCUCAUCGAGUCACCUUACGGAAGCCCAAAAAUCACCAAGGAUGGUGUUACUGUCGCAAAGGCUAUCACUCUCAAGGACAAGUUUGAGAACCUCGGUGCUCGUCUUCUCCAAGAUGUUGCCUCAAAGACCAAUGAAGUCGCUGGUGAUGGUACUACCACUGCUACCGUCCUCGCCCGUGCCAUCUUCACUGAGACCGUCAAGAACGUCGCUGCCGGAUGCAACCCCAUGGAUCUCCGCCGUGGAACUCAAGCUGCUGUGGAAGCCGUUGUUGAAUACCUCCAGAAGAACAAGCGCGAUAUCACUACUUCUGAGGAGAUUGCGCAGGUCGCUACCAUCUCUGCAAACGGAGACGUCCAUGUUGGAAAACUCAUUGCCAACGCCAUGGAGAGGGUUGGGAAGGAGGGUGUUAUCACUGUCAAGGAAGGCAAGACCAUUGAAGACGAGUUGGAAGUUACCGAGGGCAUGAAGUUCGAUCGCGGGUUCGUCUCCGCCUACUUCAUCACCGACACCAAGUCCCAGAAGGUCGAGUUCGAGAAGCCUCUCAUUCUCCUCAGUGAGAAGAAGAUUUCCGCUGUUCAGGAUAUCAUCCCCGCUCUUGAGAUUUCCACCCAGCUCCGCCGCCCACUUGUCAUUAUCGCCGAAGACAUCGAAGGUGAGGCUCUUGCCGUCUGCAUUCUCAACAAGCUCCGCGGCCAGCUCCAAGUUGCCGCCGUCAAGGCCCCUGGCUUCGGUGACAACCGCAAAUCCAUCCUUGGAGACAUCGCCAUCUUGACCAACGGAACUGUCUUCACCGACGAGCUCGAUGUCAAGCUCGAGAAGCUCACUGCCGACAUGCUGGGCUCCACUGGUUCUAUCUCAAUCACCAAGGAGGACACCAUCAUCCUGAACGGAGAAGGUUCCAAGGAUAACAUUGCACAGCGCUGUGAGCAGAUCCGUGGCGUCAUGAACGACCCUACCACCUCCGAGUACGAGAAGGAGAAGCUCCAAGAGCGUCUCGCCAAGCUUUCUGGUGGUGUCGCCGUCAUCAAGGUCGGUGGUGCCUCUGAGGUUGAAGUUGGUGAAAAGAAGGACCGUAUUGUCGAUGCUCUUAACGCCACCCGCGCGGCCGUUGAGGAGGGUAUUCUGCCCGGUGGUGGUACUGCCCUUUUGAAGGCUUCCAAGAACGCCCUGAACCACCUUAAGCCUGCCAACUUCGACCAGCAGCUAGGUGUUUCAAUUAUCAAGUCCGCCAUCACCAAGCCUGCCCGAACAAUCGUGGAGAACGCUGGUGGUGAGGGGUCUGUCGUUGUUGGAAAGCUCACUGAGGAAUUUGGCGAGGACUUUAACAAGGGAUACGACUCAUCCAAGGGCGAAUACGUUGACAUGAUCGGAGCUGGUAUUCUUGACCCCUUCAAGGUCGUUAGAACCGCUCUUACCGAUGCCUCUGGUGUUGCCUCUCUGCUGGGAACCACUGAGUGCACUAUUGUCGAUGCUCCUGAGGAGAAGGGACCCCCUGCCGGUAUGGGCGGUGGUAUGGGCGGAAUGGGCGGAAUGGGUGGAAUGGGCGGUUUCUAA